UAGAAUCUGUGUUCUCUUCCUUGCGUUCUAAACAAACCUAUCGACUUCCUUUCACGAUGUUAAUUCUUAAGCGUUCUUCCUACUACUUGGCAUUUUGUGUAGUUCUGACAAGAUACCUCUCAUCCGGCUCAAAUGAGGACUUGGAUAAAUGCUAUGGUGAAGAGAAUGAAGCGACAUAUACCGCAUGGGAUGAAACAUCAUCUACGAAUAUGCCCGACAUAGGAAAUUCCUCCUAUGGACUGAAAGGUAGACUGGCGAUCGUCACAGGCGGGGCAAGUGGAAUCGGCAGGAGUGUUUGCUUAGUUCUGGCUCGCGAGGGUGCCAUUGUCGUGGUGGCUGACAUAAACUCAACCGGCUCGAAUAUAACCCUCGAAAUGUUGAAAGUCAUUUCAGGGGACAAAAGUGAACACAUGACAGCUUAUGUUGAUGUAAGAAAUUCAACCCUGGUGAAAGAAAUGUUUGAAUGCGUCAAAGGUGCCUACCCUGAUAAGAACAUUAGCAUUGUGGUGAACAGCGCCGGUAUCAUGCACAAGCCGACGCUCCUGGUCAACUUGUCUGAAUGUUCAUAUGACAAUACGGUGGACACAAACCUAAAGGGAACGUUCCUUGUCACACAGGAAGCUGUGAGAUACAUGCUGGCCGACAACGACACACUAGGGUCUAUAGUGAACAUUGCCAGUAUAGUUGGAAAGGGUGGCUUCCCCACUGUCAGUGCGUAUGCAGCAUCCAAGGGCGGAGUGAUCGCGUUCACAAAAUCCGUGGCCCGUGAGCUCGGAACGUCGCACAUCCGAGUCAACGUCGUCCUGCCCGGAGGCACCGAAACACCGAUGGCUCAAAAGUACUCCAACGAAACAAAGCGAAAGAGGUUGCAGCAAAUAGUGCCCAUGAAGCGGAACGCACAACCUCUCGAAAUAGCGGAAGUGAUCCUCUUCCUGUGCAGCAACAAGUCCUCUUACAUGACUGGAUCGCCGGUUGAUGUGGCGGGCGGAACGUACAUGUAAAUGAUACGCGUCACCCAAAGACAUUUGUGUUCUUCGUAUCGCUUUCUCUCGCGGCUUCAAACAGUAAAUAAGACAUCUGGGGUGUCUGGGGUCGUAAGAUACACAGCGGGAGCAAGGGAUAUCUCCUGCUGCGAUUAGUCAGCUGUCAGCAGACGGCGAUGUUCCGGUGCCUAUCCGUGCUCCCCCUUCAUUUCUUUCAGUUAUAAAAGCAUUUUUACUAACGUAUUUAUUUCAACUGCGUCUAUCAGUCUUUAAAACAAUAAUUUGCUGAGGUGCUUAAAGUGUCAUGUGCCUGCCAUGCUUCUAGUCAAGGCCGGCGUUAGGCACGGGCCACGGGCACAGAAGCCCCGAGGGCCGAGCCCCGCUAUUCACAACUAUCGAGGGGUCUCCGCAUCCACAUCUGCUAAUGCCGGUUCGAUUUGUUGGGCUUUUAUGUAAAAUUUUGGUUGUCGCUCUGAAAAUAAAAAUAAGAGACAGCCCGCCUAUAGGGCACAGCCAGAUCCAUCUUUUCUGGCUAUGUAUUACGUCGUUUGGGCUUCGAGGAGUACGUUCUGGGAGGCGUUGGCGCUUCGGCAGAAAUACAGAGUUUCUUUGUCUGUUUCUGUGAAAAAAGAGAGAAUAUGUGUGUUAGCACUCCUGAACCACGAUGAUUUUGAUAGUUUAUAUAUUUAUGUUCGAUGAUUAGGUAAAUUUACCCACAAGGCUUAAAAAUAUGGGUUCAGUUUUUUUUUGCUUUCAACUUCUUUUUGUUGUAAUUUAUGAAAAUCCUGGUUCCGCAUUUGGCAAACCCAGGAAAUUAGAUUAAGCAUAUGUAAAUCUGACACAUUACAUAAUUACAGACAGUUUUGAUAAGCAUGCAAUUGAGAAGAUUGAUUUCUAUUUAGAGGCUGUGUCAGCAGUGGGCUUCACAUACCUUCAAAACUAAAACAAAUUGCAUGCUUUUUAAAAUUUAACAAUGCACGAACAGGGACAGUUUUUUUGCAAACUUUGAAAUAUGUAAAAGAACGGCAACAAAAAGCAACAAUCGAGCGGAUCUGCUUUUUUCUUUUCUGUCCAAGCUUGCUUACAUGGUAGGGCUCUUAACGAAAAUUCUGCUUAUUAAUGCGUGAGAACUAGUGCCUUGGUACAUGCGCUGACGUUGGAUUGAGCUCCUAGGGACCGACAAUCGCUUGCGACGUCCCCCUUCGCCGAUUUCGGCGUUUCGCAGUAGGGAACGGCUAAUGUAUCACUAAAACACGUGCCCCCCCCCCCUUCCCCUCGUUCACGCCGCCUAGUAGCGACAUUCUGCGGAUGGCUGAUUACAAGUAAUUAACCCACCUUGGGCUUACCUUUGUAUUAGGGGUGACCCUACUUAGUACUUAGUGACCUUAGUGAACUUAAUGACCUUACUUAGUACACGCCGCCUCGCGGUGCCCAUUGGUGGCCUAAGUACGCCCUAGCCCCGCUGUCCCCCGCUACACGUCGGUUGCUAGGUGUUACGUGACGCGGCCGGAGUGCAGGUGCGCGCUUUAGGCGCCCUCGGAAACUCCUGCCGCCGGCUUUGGAGACCUGCGCACGCGCACGGGCUGCGGUUACGCUCUUCGGCCUGCCACGCCGUUCUUGUUUCUGUUCAUUUUCCAUGUGACGUUCAUGAAAUCAGAUGUUAGCGGAGAUAACAAAAUGGUGUAAGGAAAUGGUAAAAACUAAACUCAAAAUCUUAUAUGUCAACUUAACAACUGCAUUCAAAACUGCUAUACGGCCAGAAAGUCGGCCGAUAUGAGCGUUCGGCGCACCGGAAGGCGAGGGGGAGUGUGCAGGUUAAUUGAAGGGCAACAGAAGGAACGCGCAGGAAAGGCGUGAUGGUGAGGGAGUCAAAAUCGCGCCGCAAUUGGUUCAGGUUGGGGGGAAAUAAAAGCACGUUCGUGUAUUCAGCGGAUGAACAAACGCACGUGGUGAGUAAGGGACCGAUGAACUUGCAUGCUGUAUUGUCGGUGACAGGGUAAGUGCCCAGCUGCAAGUGCCCCUCAGAGUCAUUAAAGUCAGUGUGCUAGCAAAUCGCUUCCCGUCAUUUCCUUAACGUCAAAAGCACGAGGAAAACUUUUUUUCCAUUGUUUUAACGAGUGCGUUUGGAGACGCGAUAAUUAUUCGGCCCUUAACGAUAAUUACCCGGGCAUUCGUCGCAAAGUCGUGCCGAUAUUUGCUUUUGCCUGUGGUGAAGGACCAAUAUUCGUAUCGCAGCCGAAACGUUCAGUGGGUCCGCUUCGUCAGCGGACCCACUGAACAUAAUUAUUGAGUAAAGAAAAAAGAAAAAAAAAAACACACACGCAUUGUGCGAAACUUUUGAAAUUAUGCAUAUAUAUAUUAGUUACAAUAAGACACAAUAAUGCGGUGGAGAUUUAUAUAAACUACCUAAACACUCAAACGCGAGUAGUUUAGGUACUGCAAAUCAUACACUAAAUAGAAAACAAUGAGCGUUGGAUUUUGUGAUCAAAUAGCACAAGGGGGAAACAGUCUAAAAUUUCUGAGAAAAAUUGUUAAAUUAAAUUUAUUUGAUUUAAGUUAAAUGUACUUAAAUGUACUUGUUGUUGUUGCCGUCGUGUUGCCUCAGUGUGACAGGGCCUUAAAGGCCCUGUCACACUUAGGUAACACAAAGGCAACAGCAACACAACACGCUGUUCAACAGUUCGGCAACUUGUUGGUCGUUCCCCGCGUUGUCCCACUUACCAGUCACAUCGUGGAAACAGCAGCACAGUAUAGAUGACAACUAAAUUGUUGCCUCGGUAUGACAGCUUUCGGCAACAAAAACAGCAGCAACUUGAGUUGGACGACAUAGGUCGCCCUGAUCGCUGUCUGAGCGAAUUCGGGGCUGGCAACACGACAGCAUAAAUAGCUUCGAUGGCAGAGCUAGUUCCUUAUCAAUAACGUCCUAAUGAAAUAAAUGCUCGGAGAACGUUAUUUAACAAUAACGUUUAGCGUGCAGCUAAAAUAAUUCGAUGUAUGCUUUUACUGCGUAAUUACGGAAAGCGGUUGCCGAAAUGGUCACAGCUACGGUUGUGAACGUUCAGAAUGGUGUUGGAAUUAGAAGUGCCAAGAAAACAGCUCACAUUAUUGUUAGUGAAACGAAACGGCAUGCCUACUCACCCGGUGAUAAAGUAUAAUGAAAAUAAUCCAGAAAAAACGAAGGUUAAAAAAUCAAAGCAUAAAAACGACCACUCUGAUCAUGAUUGUUGAUCCUUGGAACUUAGAAACAGCCGCUACCAGACACCUGAUCUGCUUCAAAAAUACUCAGGGUGUUUUGGGGAAUGAAGCGAUCGCAUAGCAGGCGGCAGGCAAAAAGACAGCGUUGAAAAAUAUUUAUUUCACCGACUGUUAUGAAGGCCGAUCGUCUCCGCGUUGCAGUUUUUAUAAGCACUGUCAGUUCAGCUCAACACCACGCUACAAAAGACGCUUUCAGGUACUGCCGGUGCUAACUAAAUUUUACAGUAGAAAUAUAAAUUGAAUGAAAGAAAGAAAUGGACAAAAACACUUCAUACGGUGGCGUAAAACCCGAACAUACACCAGCGAUCUCACUUUCCUUGGUUAGGGCUAGUUGUUUCGUCAGCGAAUGAAGAAUAUUUAGAUAAAAUAAAGGGUUGAAAAUACUCCCCGUGUCAAAAUUUCUGAUCGCAGUCACUGGUUGAUGUCGUCCCGUGGUCAUUUCCGGAACUUCAUUUAUUUUAUUUCAUUUAAUAUACCCUUAUAGCGCUCGGUAGGGGCUUUACAUAGAAGGGGGAGGGGGGGCAAAAACAACAACGCAGAUACAAGUCGGCAAGAGUUAGGAAUCUUUUCCUCCUUCCGCUCUUUUUUACAUAUUGUAAAGAGUGGCAAUUUCGGAACGAAAUCUAAUCGACUCUUUUACUCUUACGAUGUCGUCGGGGAGGGAAUCGCACUCUGAUGUCGAUAACUGUAACGGAGAAAAUUUGAAAGUGUUAGUUCUAGGAGUGGCGAGCUGAAGUUUCUGUAAGUUGUCUGUCCGUGCCGAGACGUGGUUAACAGCUGAGCAAUAUGUUUCUUUCUUUGAGGGUGAAGGAUAGUAUAGGUGAUGAAGGCCAGUUCGUCGUGUUACUUUACGUCGGUCAGCUAGAAGGGGUAUAUUAUUUUUUUUUUGUUUUAGUGUUGUUAUACGUGUACGGGUAUAAUUGCGAAGAACGAAGCGGGUGGCUCGGUUUUGAAUGGCUUCUAACUUGUCAAUAAGAUAUGACUGAUAUAGGUUCCAAAUGCGAGAUGCGUAGGCCAGCGUGGGACGAAGAAGAGAUGUGUACGCAAUCAGUUUUCUUUCCCGUGUUGCCAAGUGCAAGGGACGGCCUAGAAAGCCUAAAGUUUGAUUAACCUUUGCCGUUACGUGGUUAAUAUGUGGUUCCCACGAGAGAUUGGGCAUGAAAUCCAAGAUACUUAUAGGUAUGAACAUUUUCAACUGGGAUACUGAAAAGUGUGUAGUUCAAUGGUGUUGAUGUGUGUUUAUUAUUGAAGUUCAGAUAUUUUGUUUUGGAAACGUUAAUUUGCAACUGCCACCCUUCACACCACGUCUCAAGGCACAUCAGAUUACUCUGCAAAAGCGUACAGUCAUCAGGGCCCUCCAUUUUUCCGGAAUAAAACAGAGUGGUC